AUGAGGGUAGGGCAGAGCUACGUGACUGGAGGUCCCUCCAGCGCCACUGCCCAUCCCGCGGUGGCGGUGCGCCCCACCCCAUUCCACUGUCCAAAUGGGGACCCAGAGCGCGAAGGGGACGGGAGUGGGAUCCCGACGCUCUCUUUACCGCCGAAAUUCUCCCCACCCCAGACCCAGACCCAGACCCGACCCAAUCCAGGGCGCGGAGAGCAAAGCGACCUAAUGUCCAGGAACCGGGUGAGGAGUGCAGUGCCUGUCCCCCCUAGGCCAACCCGGCGGGAAUUCGAGUUCCCGGGAAUCAAAGUUGCCGCGCGUCCGGCCGCGGGCUGGGAACGGGCGCAGCACCCCGGCCAGGGGCGGGGGACGGAAGGAGGCCCCGGGCGCUCGCCGCCGGCGAGGGCCGCGCCCGGAACAAGUGGUUCGGCGGCGGCGGUCGCGACCCCACGGCUGCAACUUUCCCGCCGCGUGGCGGGCGAACGGCGCGGAGAAAGCGAGGGAAGCGGGGAGGGAAGGGGCGGUGCGCGGCUCUCGGUACCGUGUGCGGAGAAGCGCCGCGUCGCGCCUCGGGCUCUGCUCUCCGCCGGGUCGGCCCCCACGGGCCGCCUGCUCCGCUGCUGGCCACCGCCGCGUCUCGCCGCCGGCACGAAGGCUCACCCUCGGCACGCCGGCCGCUCCAGCGUCCCCUUGGGCCCGCCGCUGGCCGCCUGCAACUUCAGGCGCGCCGCGGGCUCGGAAGAGGCGCACCCCAAACGUCCCGAGGCUUUGCACCCCCGCGCUCCAUGCCCGGGGCCGGGCCGCCCCGCCCCGCCCGGCUCAGCGCCCGGCCGCCGUCGGACGCGUCUUGUCGCCGAGCAUCGCGCCGCGCAGCCCGCGCCCCUCUCUCCCGAGCCGCCGCCGCCGCUCAAGUCCGCGAUCAACUUUCCCUCGCUUCCUCCGCCCUGCUCGGCCCCCGCCACCCAGACCCCGCCUCCUGACGCUCCCUCCCGCGCUCCCUCCUCCCCGGCCCCCGCCGGCCGGGCCGCGCCUCGCCGCCCACCCCCUCCACGCUGCGCGCCGGGAUCGCGGUGGCCCCUGCCGGGUCCCGCUGCGACCCCCGGGAGCCGCGCGGAGCCCGGCCAGGCGCUCAGGGCAUGA